CAGGCGCUGAACCGCUCAAACCUCCUGUCAUGCUUUAGGAGCAACACACGCUAGCCAGACUGAACUGAGCGCAGCCCCACCUCAGGAAGAGGCUGUGCUCUCUCUAGGUGUCUGGACAGAAAGCAGUUCGUAUUUGAUCCAUCUGAUCAUCACCAGGACGCCUAAAACUCCGUCUCAGCGAUAGACAGCUACACGAGUCAUGGAGACGAGACUGCCCUCCAGCUAGCUAACUGCUAUUCGACCGGAGCCAGAAAACAUGCGCUAGACAGGAGUUGUGGAAAAAAAAUACUGUUUCCUGUUUUCCCUGGAGUGACUGAGCUGUCACAUCUGGCCAUCAGCAGUUGAAGAUGCAGACCUUCCUGAGAGGCAGAAGAGUGGGCUACUGGCUCAGCGAGAAAAAGAUGAAGAAACUUAAUUUCUUGGCCUUUGCUGAGAUGUGCAGGAAAAGAGGGAUUGAAGUUGUUCAGCUUGACUUGAGUCAGCCGUUGGAGGAGCAGGGUCCUCUGGAUGUCAUCAUUCACAAGCUCACAGACCUGAUCUUGGAAGCAGACCAGAAUGACACCCAGUCCCAGCUGCUGGUCCAGAGUGUGCAGGAUUAUAUUGAUGCACAUCCAGAGACCAUCAUUCUGGACCCACUUCCAGCCAUCAGAACUCUGCUAGACCGCUGCAAGUCUUACCAGCUGGUCCAUCAUAUAGAGGACUGCAUGAGAGAUGAGAGGAUCUGUUCUCCUCCAUUUAUGGUGCUGAACAGUGAGUGUGGUCCAGACACAGUGCAGCAGAUCCAGCAACACGGUCUUACAUUCCCUUUCAUUUGCAAAACACGGGUUGCUCAUGGAACUAACUCCCAUGAGAUGGCUAUAAUCUUCAGUGCCGAGGACCUAAAGGACGUGAAGCCUCCGUGUGUCAUUCAGAGUUUUAUAAACCACAAUGCUGUGCUGUAUAAAGUGUUUGUGGUGGGGGAGUCACACACUGUGGUGGAGAGACCAUCUCUUAAGAACUUCCCAUGUGGACCGUCCGACAGAAAAGCAAUUUUCUUCAACAGCCACAAUGUGUCCAAGCCAGAGUCAUCGUCUGACCUCACAUCUAGAGAUAAUGUAGAAGGUGUCUCCCAGCCACCCAAUGACGAUGUCAUCAGGGAGCUUUGUAAAUCCCUGCGGGAAUCUCUCGGGGUUUCGCUCUUUGGCAUCGACGUCAUCAUUAACAACCAGACGGGACAACACGCAGUCAUUGACAUCAAUGCAUUCCCUGGAUAUGAGGGUGUUCCUGAGUUCUUUAAUGACCUCCUCAACCACAUCAUCAGCAUCCUCCAAGACCACUCCUCCAAUGACUCCACGGCUCCAACCCCCUCCUGCCAGCUUAUAGCUUUAGGUACAGGAGAGUGUAGCUGCUCCCCCUCCCAGGAGUGCUGUAGCAUGCUGGGCAAGGAGCCGGACAGCAGCCCCUGGAUCGUGGAGGGGGAUGGUGGUCUGAAGGGGCAGCGUCAGAGACUGGGUUGCAACACGGCCAUGUCCCCCAACUUCCAACAGCACUGCGUGUCCACGAUAGCCACUAAGGCCUCGUCACAAUGACUGCGUCUCCCCUGAACAAAUUGUGAAAAGUGAAUAAUAUACAAUAACAAUAAUAACUAUUAUACUGAUAAUAUAUCUGUAAUCAAAAAUAAACUAUACUGGGAAUAAUCAUAAUGAUGUUGAUAAAGGGCAUUGGAUUAUUUCUCCUAUGCCUUUUGUAUAUGUAUUUUGUUCUUUUCAGUCUAAUAACUCACAGUACUGUAAUGUGAACUUUUGGGAACUCAAUAUUAAUUAGCUAAAUUUUAAAAUCUGUUUUAUUGGUUAGUGAACACACUAUACAGCUCGAAGAAGGUUCUCUUGUGAAGUACUCUUACGUUGUGAUGGGAAAGGCUAAAUUAAAGGAUUAGUUCACCCAAAAAUGAAAAUUCUCUCGUCAUCUACCCUCAUAUCAUCCCAGAUGUGUUUGACUUUCUUCUGCAAACACAAAUGAAAAAUGUUUUAUAUCUCAGCUCUGUAGGUUCAUACAAUUCAAGUGAAUGGUGACAAAUAAACAUCUCAAGUGUUUAAAACCAUGCCUUCAGAAGUGAUAUGAUAGGUGUGGGUGAGAAACAGAUCAAAAUUUAAGUCCUUUUUUACUAUAAAUUUCCACUUUUACAUCUUUCAUCAUUUUUAGGUUUUGCCGAUUCGCAUUCUUCGUGCAAAUCACCUCCUACUAGGUGGGAAGAAUUUAUAGUAAAAAAAACAAAAAGACUUCAAUAUAGAUCUGUUUCUCACCCACACCUAACCAUAUCACUUCUGAAGACAUGGAUUAAACCACAGAAGUUGUAUGGAUUACUUUUAUGCUGCUUUUAUAUGCUUUUUUGAGCUUCAACGUUAUGACCACCAUUCACUUGCAUUGUGAGGACCUACAGAGCUGAAAUAUUCUUCUAGAAAUCUUGAUAUAUGUUCUGCAAAAGAAAUAAAGUCAUACACAUCUGGGGUGGCAUGAGGGUGAGUAAAUGAUGAGAGAAUGAGAAAAAUUGUUUUUGCUCAACAGUGCAAAUUACACGCAGUCAUACCUCCAAAACGUGAGUUUUUUAAUAAUUUAUAAACUUAAGCUACAUGAAAACUAUGACUAGAAAUAUCAACCCCGUUAACCAGUUAGGAACCAGCUUGUGUUCAUAACUCAUUUCUGAGGUAUAUAUGGGUCUCAUUUUUGUUAGAGUACAAAAUAGCCAAGUCUUUCUCUGUGACCAUUUCUCAUAAAUCAAAAACCACUAGUCUAAAAACCCAUUAGAUAUUCUUGAGGAAAUCCAUGGCUCGAAAAUGAAUUCCAGUCAAGGAUCAUUUAUGCUUUGAUAGUAUUAUGAAAGUCGACUUACCAACAGAGGCUAAUACUCUGUUAUUCGUCAGUGUCAAGUUUUGUUGGACCGUUGCAAGAGGAUAUUAUAACAUUCCCUGUGUGUACAGACUGUAUGUGUGCGUAAUACUUUUUUAGCAGACAGUACUUUAAAAGUUCAAAUGUUUUGUAUAUGAUUCAGCAAGUGAUUUUUGUGACUACACCGUAUGCUUCAGAUUAGUACACACCCUUGAACUAUAUGAACAAACAGUAUAAGAUGGAUCUUAAUGUAUGUAUUGAGAGAAUUGCUUUGUUUCUAAUUGCACAGAAGGAAACAUCCAAAGGGUUAAACGCUUUGCUAAGUUACCAUUUCUGAAUUCGAAAGAAAAUUAACAUAGAUUUUUACUAUUUUGUUUAUAAUUGCUAACCUGAUGAGAAAUGACUAAUGAAUGCAAAGGAUUUAAGUUUUAUGCAGACAAGCUAUUAGCCAUGAAAUGAUUGUGUUAGGUUGCAAACAUCUAAAGAGUGACACAGUUAGCAGUAAUUAAAGCAAUGCAGUGAAUCAAUUAGCUGCAAUUUGUUCAAAUUAAUUAAAUUAAUUACUCAGUUACGUGAUUUAGGAUUGUUGAAUGCUGCAGCUUUUUGAGUCAUUUCUGGAAGUGCGCAUAUAUUGUGAUUGAAAUUUACAACAACAACAAAAAAAGAAAAAAUGUAUAACCCCAGUUUGAAAGGGCAUUUCUUUUCAAAAGCCUUAGACUUUCCACAGCAGUUCAGUUUUGUGUAAUUACUGUAUGAAGAACGGUUAUCUAUUUUGAGUUUGCCACUUUGAUUACUCCUACACAUGGAGAUGGAUGUAUUUGAUGACCAACAGCAAGCAGCUUGUUUUUGUUCACUGUGCGAGGAAUGAAUGUUGACACAUUUCACAUAUAAUGUCUUGAUGUGGUAAACUGGAGCAGUGUUAAUGGGGUGCUGCCAUAAUCUGCUCUCAAACUAUUCAGUUUUAUAUGAAGUGAAUGCAUUUAGUGCCGCUCCCUCAGCCUAGAGCACCUUAUGUUGAUUGUUGUUUUUCUUGUCCUGAAGGGGUCCAUUUUUAUUAUGUAACAUAUUUAAAAUAUUAAUAUUUUCAUAGGUAUAUCAAACUGUUUAAAAAAACUUUUCUAUCUCCUUCCACUGCUAUAAAAUACAAAUUAAACGGUCACUGUUUAGAUGCCAUUGAACUUAAACCAUUUUGACAUCCAUAUAUUUUUUUCCCCUGCCAUGACAUGGGUACUUGUAUCAGGUGAGUUAGAAAAGGUGUACAUGACUAAUGGGGAGUGUGUUCAGAUUAAGGAUGUUUUGUAUCAUCUGAAAAUUCAAUUGAAUGAUGAUCUUAAACAUUACCUUUUGUCUCUGUACUUUUGCCUUCAUUGUGCUACCAAAUAGAGAAAAAAACUGUUC